AUGCAGAAUAUAACGGCAGGAGCAACAGAAGGGAUAGCUCUGACAUGCGGCAUGUCUGGAAGCCAUGAAUUCAUCUUCACCCUGGUACCCAUCGUCUACGGCUGUAUAUUUGUCAUCGGCAUUGUCGGAAACAGUAUGGUGGUUGCUGUCAUCUACAGCUACAUGAAGCUCAAGACGGUGGCCAACAUUUUUGUGCUGAAUCUUGCUGUUUCUGACCUCACCUUCCUCAUCACUCUGCCCAUGUGGGCUACCUUCACCGCCACAGGCUAUCACUGGCCCUUUGGAGGAUUCCUCUGCAAGGCCAGUGCAGGGCUGGUCAUUUUUAACCUCUACACCAGCAUCUUCUUCCUCACAGCACUCAGCAUUGACCGUUACCUGGCCAUUGCCCACGCAGUGCGAUCACGCAGGUUCCGCACUGUGGUGUAUGCACGAAUCACCUGUGUAUUGAUUUGGCUUUUUGCUUUCCUGCUUAGUGUGCCCACAGCAUUAACCAGAGAUGUCCACAACAUCACAAAUUUGAAUACUACAGUGUGUGCCAUUCUGCACCCAAACAUUGAAAAUGCCAAGAGGCUGAAAGAGCUCCUGUUGGCCAUCAGCUUGAUGAAAAGCCUGCUUGGUUUCCUGGUGCCUUUCAUCAUCAUCAUCACAUGUUACUGCCUCAUCGGACGGGCCUUGGUGGGGGCGAGACAUAUUCAGAAAAGCUCUCGUUCAAGGGAUGAUGAGGUGCUUCGCAUGCUCGCAGCAGCUGUCCUGGCCUUCUUCCUGUGCUGGGUGCCCCAUCAGGUGUUCCACUUUAUGCAGGUGCUCACCCAGUUGACUCUGGUGGAGAACUGUGCCAUCUUGGAAAUAAUUGACACUGCCAUACCCUUCACCAUCUGCAUUGCCUACUUCAACAGCUGUGUUAACCCUAUUGUGUAUGGCUUUGUGGGCAACAACUUCCGCAAAAACUUACUGCGCUUGUUGCGAUGCUCAUCAGGUGGAGCCCCCAGGGCUCACCCAAGUAUCAGUUCCAAAAUGAGCUCCUUCUCCUUCCGUGCCACUGAGACACUGAGCCUUACAGCCAAAAGUAAGGCCUCCUCUGACAUUAAGUGA